UCUUCCCGACGUACGGCGGAGCAAUAUGGAAGACACCAUACCCAAACCACCGGCUUCCUCCACUUCCGCCACCACCCUCCAGCCCUCUCCUUCCCACCUCCUUCAAAUCAACCUCAUCUCCGCCGAAGACCUCCCCCGUAUCUCCAAAUCCAUGAAAACCUACGCCGUCGCCUGGUUGAACCCUAACCGGAAACUCACCACCCAAGUCGAUCCUAAAGGCCAUGUCAAUCCUUAUUGGAAUGAAAAACUAUCCUUCCGACUCGACGAGGAGCAACUCUAUUCGGAAAACUCGUUUCUCACUGUCGAGAUUUACACGGUGUCGUGGUUCCGGGAUAUAUUAGCUGGAAUCGUGAAAAUUCCGUUGAUCGAUUUGAUCUCGCCGAGUAUGGAGAGAAACCGUUUUGUAACCCUUCAGGUUCGCCGCCCCACCGGUGAACCUCAUGGGAUACUUAACAUGGGGUUCUGUUUGGGCGAAUCAACGGAUAAGAACCUUCCAUCGCGUGAAAAUGGCGGAGAGAAUGAAGAAGAGGAGGAUGACGAAGAGGCUAAAGAAAGAAAGAUCCAAAUCCAAGAGAAGAUACAACUAUGGCGGUCUCGUACUGUGGAGGACCUCGAUGACGAUGACGAUGACGAUGACGAAGACGAUGGUUCGAUGGUGAAUCCCGCAGGUUCGAUUGUGUAUGGUUCGGAGGUUUGUUCAGACGUUGGACCAUCGGCGUCGGUUGUGGCGGCAGAGCUGGCGAAAGAACAUCGACGGCCGGUGAUGCAGCGACCAGUGCCGUCGAUGUCGGUGGCAAUGCCGCCACGGGAAGAAAAUCGUUCAAAUGUAGACGGUGAUGACUUAGCGAGUUCGAUAUUAGAGGAGUUGACGAUGGAAGAAGCGGUGGCGAGAGGGUGGAUGGAUGGAUUUCCGUCGAAAAGAAGGGAGGUAACUCGCCGGAAGCAUAAUCGGCGGCAUUCCGACGGUGAUGGGGCUUUUACGUGUUUUGGGACAGUGUACGGUAUUGAGGUCAAAAUUGUAUGUGGAAAUAGGCAAAUUAAUGAUAGCCCUAGAAAGGGUCAUAACAAGAAUCGCCGGACGUCCGCCGACGCCAAACCCCAUGCAAAGCCUUGACCAUUUUUGUUGUUGACUUCCUUUAUGUUUUUACUUUGACUUUUUUAAUGAUGACUUUAUAUUUUCUUUAAUUUUUAAUAAAACUUAAGGGGUGUAAAAUGUAAAUAUUCAUAUACAUGCACCAGCAU